CCUUCAUUCCAGCCACAACCUACGAGGCAAAAAUAAGAAUUUUAUCUGCUUUUUAAUUCUCAUAGUCCAGAAUGGGAGUUUGUCUUCCCUCCAACUGGGGACCAGUGUGUAUGCUGGGGAGACAGUAGAGCGCAUCUUGGGAUUCAGAAGGGAAAGGCAGCAGAGCCUGCCAUGACACUCCUCCCUGACACCCAUCUCCACUGGGGCUCAGGCAGCUGUCCCCCUUGAAAGCUGAGUAGGGUGGGAGCCCAGCUUCUGGGCGUGUAGGAGAGGGAGAAGUGUUCUCCAAACUUGGACAGAGGGCUGCUGACCCCCUUCCCUACGCAAGCGACAGGCCUACCUCAGUCCCCUCAUCCUUCCAGAGGAUGGAGUUCUGAGGUGGGCGGUGUGGGAGUGGGAUGCAGUGAGUGAGUUGGGUAGGAAGGGGUGACGGCUAGGUUAACUCUGAGUAUUAGAGGUGUGGGGAGGGGGCGAGAGGAGCGGUGCCACCAGUCGGCGGGAGACGUCGAGCGAUCGCCCCAAGCGAAGGGAGCCCCGCCCCGCGGCUUCGUCGCGGCCCCGCCCAGGCCCGCAGCGCGGCGCUGCAGCGCGAGGGGCGGAGAGGCAGGUCGCCCAGCGAGGACCAGACGCCCGGGUCGUCCGCAUCCCGCUGCCGCAGGAUAAGCGCCCCGGCCCUCCUCCCCGCACUUCGCUCGGGCCCCCUCGGCUGCUUUCUCGGCCCCAGAGACCGAACACCUGUCCUCCCCCUCGGCGGUUGCUGAGCAUUCUCCUCCUCCGGAGCACACGCCACCCCUGCAAGCCCAAGAAGUACCCCAGCCCCACGCCGGCGACUACCAUGGCGGAGACCAACAACGAAUGUAGCAUCAAGGUGCUCUGCCGAUUUCGGCCCCUAAACCAGGCUGAGAUUCUGCGGGGGGACAAGUUCAUCCCCAUUUUCCAGGGGGACGACAGCGUCGUUAUUGGGGGGAAGCCAUAUGUCUUUGACCGUGUUUUCCCCCCAAACACAACUCAGGAGCAAGUUUAUCAUGCGUGUGCCAUGCAGAUUGUCAAAGAUGUCCUUGCUGGUUACAAUGGCACCAUCUUUGCUUAUGGACAGACAUCCUCAGGAAAAACUCAUACCAUGGAGGGAAAGCUGCACGACCCCCAGCUGAUGGGAAUCAUUCCUCGCAUUGCCCGAGACAUCUUCAACCACAUCUACUCAAUGGAUGAGAACCUUGAGUUUCACAUCAAGGUUUCUUACUUUGAGAUUUACCUGGACAAAAUUCGUGACCUUCUGGAUGUGACCAAGACAAAUCUGUCUGUGCACGAGGACAAGAACCGGGUGCCAUUUGUCAAGGGUUGUACUGAACGCUUUGUAUCCAGCCCAGAGGAGAUUUUGGAUGUGAUUGAUGAAGGAAAAUCAAAUCGUCAUGUGGCUGUCACCAACAUGAAUGAGCACAGCUCCCGGAGCCACAGCAUCUUCCUCAUCAACAUCAAGCAGGAGAAUAUGGAAACUGAGCAGAAGCUCAGUGGGAAGCUGUAUCUGGUGGACCUGGCAGGGAGCGAGAAGGUCAGCAAGACUGGAGCAGAGGGAGCCGUGUUGGAUGAGGCAAAGAACAUCAACAAGUCACUGUCAGCCCUGGGAAACGUGAUCUCUGCGCUGGCUGAAGGCACCAAAAGCUAUGUUCCGUAUCGUGACAGCAAAAUGACACGGAUUCUUCAGGACUCUCUGGGAGGGAACUGCAGGACAACUAUGUUCAUCUGCUGCUCUCCAUCCAGUUACAAUGACGCAGAGACCAAGUCUACCCUGAUGUUUGGGCAGCGGGCAAAGACCAUUAAGAACACUGCCUCAGUGAAUCUGGAGUUGACUGCCGAGCAGUGGAAGAAGAAAUACGAGAAGGAGAAGGAGAAGACGAAGGCCCAGAAGGAGACUAUUGCAAAGCUAGAGGCUGAGCUGAGCCGGUGGCGUAAUGGAGAGAAUGUGCCCGAGACAGAGCGCUUGGCUGGGGAGGAUGCAGCCUUGGGAACUGAGCUGUGUGAGGAGACCCCUGUCAAUGACAACUCGUCCAUCGUGGUACGCAUCGCCCCUGAGGAGAGGCAGAAGUACGAGGAAGAGAUCCGCCGUCUCUACAAGCAGCUUGAUGACAAGGAUGAUGAGAUCAACCAGCAGAGCCAACUCAUAGAGAAACUCAAGCAGCAGAUGCUGGACCAGGAAGAGCUACUGGUGUCCACCCGAGGAGACAACGAGAAGGUCCAGCGGGAGCUGAGCCACCUGCAGUCAGAGAACGAUGCUGCCAAGGACGAGGUGAAGGAGGUGCUGCAGGCCCUGGAGGAGCUGGCAGUCAACUAUGACCAGAAGUCCCAGGAGGUGGAGGAGAAGAGCCAACAGAACCAGCUGCUGGUGGACGAGCUGUCCCAGAAGGUGGCCACCAUGCUAUCCCUGGAGUCUGAGUUGCAGCGGCUGCAGGAAGUCAGUGGACACCAGCGCAAACGAAUUGCUGAGGUGCUGAAUGGGCUGAUGAAGGACCUGAGCGAGUUCAGUGUCAUCGUGGGCAACGGGGAGAUUAAGCUGCCAGUGGAGAUCAGUGGGGCCAUCGAGGAGGAGUUCACUGUGGCCCGACUCUAUAUUAGCAAAAUCAAGUCAGAAGUCAAGUCUGUGGUCAAGCGUUGCCGGCAGCUGGAGAACCUCCAGGUGGAAUGUCAUCGCAAGAUGGAAGUGACAGGGAGGGAGCUCUCAUCCUGCCAACUCCUCAUCUCCCAGCACGAGGCCAAGAUCCGCUCGCUCACGGAAUACAUGCAGAGUGUGGAGCUUAAGAAGCGGCACCUGGAAGAGUCUUAUGACUCCCUGAGUGAUGAGCUGGCCAAGCUCCAGGCCCAGGAAACUGUGCACGAGGUGGCUCUGAAGGACAAGGAGCCAGACACACAGGAUGCAGAUGAAGUGAAGAAGGCCCUGGAGCUGCAGAUGGAGAGUCACCGGGAAGCCCAUCACCGGCAGCUGGCCCGGCUCCGUGAUGAGAUCAAUGAGAAGCAGAAGACCAUCGAUGAGCUCAAAGACCUGAAUCAGAAGCUGCAGUUAGAGUUGGAGAAGCUUCAGGCUGACUACGAGAAGCUGAAGAAUGAAGAGCAUGAGAAGAGCACCAAGCUGCAGGAGCUGACAUUUCUGUACGAACGACAUGAGCAGUCCAAGCAGGACCUCAAGGGUCUGGAGGAGACAGUUGCCCGUGAACUCCAGACCCUCCACAACCUUCGCAAGCUGUUCGUUCAAGACGUCACGACUCGAGUCAAGAAAAGUGCAGAGAUGGAGCCCGAGGACAGUGGGGGGAUUCACUCCCAAAAGCAAAAGAUUUCCUUUCUUGAGAACAACCUGGAACAGCUUACAAAGGUUCACAAACAGCUGGUACGUGACAAUGCAGAUCUGCGUUGUGAGCUUCCUAAAUUGGAAAAACGACUUAGGGCUACGGCUGAGAGAGUUAAGGCCCUGGAGGGUGCACUGAAGGAAGCCAAGGAGGGCGCCAUGAAGGACAAGCGGCGGUACCAGCAGGAGGUGGAUCGCAUCAAGGAGGCCGUCCGCUACAAGGGCUCGGGCAAGCGGGGCCACACCGCCCAGAUUGCCAAACCUGUCCGGCCUGGCCACUACCCAGCAUCUUCACCCACCAACCCCUAUGGCACCCGGAGUCCUGAGUGCAUCAGUUACACCAACAGCCUCUUCCAGAACUACCAGAAUUUGUACCUGCAGCCCACACCUAGUUCCACCUCAGAUAUGUAUGCCUGUGGCUCAAUGUCCUUUUUCAUUCCUCAAAUCUGUGUUCUCCAUGCUCUCUCUUCAGGAAAUGCCACAGACAUAAAUGACAAUAGGAGUGAUCUGCCAUGCGGCUAUGAGGCUGAGGACCAGGCCAAGCUUUUUCCUCUCCACCAAGAGACAGCAGCCAGCUAAUGUCCCACACCAACUGCUCCGUUCCUGCACUUUCAGGUAGCUUCAGGCCGCCUCGUUGGACCAGCCUCAGGUUGCCUCUUUUCUUGCCCACAGCCUCUUUGGUUCUCCUUCUUUAUUUUUUUUUAACCUCUCAAAGCUUUUGCUAUAUAGUUACCCUUCAAUCCUGCUUUCCCCUGCUGAGGGCUAAUUCUGGGCCGCUCAUGAGAUCCGGUCACUGACCUUUCCCUUGCCCCCUUAUGCUUUCCCUGGGGCUACAGCAGCUACAGCAGUACUGCCUUUCUGCCACUAGGGGCCACUGCCACACGCCCGAGGAGGUGAGCACGGCCGCUGUAGAUCUAGAGCCCUGAGCCAGGUCACAGACUGCGGGUGUUAGGGAGAACCUGGGAGACCCUCUCAACCCUCCCUCCACCUCCACCCUCAAGCAGUUUUGGGUGGAUAUCUAUUUUUCUGAACUAAGACAUCUCCAGUAAUGGUGAUGUUGAUUUACUCCUGCACCUGUGUCCUAUCCUUCUCAUAUAUGUAUAUGCUACUAGUAAGCUUUAGGGAAUGCCCAUGAAGUCUUGGUGUCCCUUUAGCAGAAGUGUCAGCAGUCCUCUCCCAUUUUGCUUGGUGGAGAUGGAAAAAUCUCCCCUUUUCGUCCUCUGUCCCCAGGUCCUCUCCUCUAGCAGCACAGGAACCUUCUUGCUUUAGGGCCCAGAACUGAGUGCUGGGAUCCUGUUUUAUUGUCCACUUUGAAUCCUUGGAGAACUAGAAACAAGAGAACAUGGCUGGGUUUCCCAGGAGAGGACGCCAGGCAGAAAAGCUUGAGCAGAGAAAUGGAAUGCAAAAGAGGACCUAGGGGAGGGUUGGGUAGAGGACCAGGCUUGGAGGGUCUGUUUGGUGGUAUUAAAGGAACAGGACUGUAAGUGUAUGCAGAUGGCACCUGUUCCUGUUCAGAGACUGAGCUGCAAACUGGCUUCUCACAUGCUUCUUCUCCUUCUUUCCUAGUUUCUAAGAGGGCCUGAGGCCUCUUCUUUCAGCAUGCUGCAAACCUGUGGUCUCUGAUACUAACUCCCUCCCCAGCCCCUGUUGUUGGACUGUACUACGUUUGAUGUCUUCUCUUCCUUACUCUGUAUCUCUUUGUACUCUGUAACUAUAUAUCAAAAGCUGCUGCUAUAUCUCUCUUCCCUCUGUCUUACUAUUAAGUAUCUGAUGAUGUAUUUAGCAAGUUCUAGGCAUAGGUUACCCUCCUCAUUUGGAGCAAUAGGGAGGAGGGUGAAUGUUUCUUUCUCUCUUAUAUAUUCGUCUCUCACACUGAGUGGUGUUAGUCACUGCAUAGAGGUUACAGAGAUGACAAAAGAAAAAACAGGAGCUAGAGGGCUGUGUUCCUUCACACUCACACACACACACACACACACACACACACACAAAGCCUUAAGUGGAAGAAUGUCUUAGCAUCCUAAGGCAGAGAAAUAGACUCUUCUUCCCUCCUGUUUCACACAUAGCACAGGGACGGUAAGAUGGAAGGGCUGCUAAAUUAGACAUAUACUUUUCUGCAUACACCCCUCACUUGAAUGCAGGGAUUCUAGGUAUUUACCUCUGGCCUACAAAGUCUGCCUAUUGCCUCCCUUUUCCUUUUUUCCCUUGGACUGAGAACAUGGCUUGGUCAAGGGACCAUUUGCCUUUCUCUUCAAAGCUCCUUUUGAUGUUCUUUACCCUAGAGCUCAUGACUAGAACCCAGAGUUGAUUUAAAAUAUUUUGAAAAAUUGAGGAGGUGGGCCUCUGCCAACAGUCUUUCAAAUGACUGCUCAUCUGUCCAUGGUGAUAGAGGCAAGUGUAAUCAAAAGUGAUUGAUUUGGGGGGUUUGGGAGUUGAUAGGCUGGAGAAUUCCAAAGUAUAUUUUGUCACAGUGCCCUCAGGUUGAAGCAAUGAGCUAGAUUCCUUCCUCUGUCCCAUAUUGGGCUACAUGUUCCUCCCUUUAGGGUUGGGGCUUCUAGUUCAUUGACAAAAUCUCUCUCUAGUUGCCUUCCUUUCAAGCUGGAGCCUGAUAUUUUUCUCCCAAUAUACAAUUACAUUCCCCCAUGAAGAGUUCCUUCUCUAAUGUCCCCAUGUAGUAUUAAGUGCACUUUAAAGAAAGGGGCAGGGCAGAAGCUCUAGUGGUGGGGGAGCCCAAAGGAUCAAACUGGAGGGCUCUUUCCCAAGCCAUUUUCAGCCCUAUGUCCUCCUCCAAAGUUGAGAAGACUAUUGCUUUAGUUUCCGAUGAUUCUUUCCUUCCACAUGGUGCUAAGGUGGUUUUCGAGGUAACUGCAAGAAUGGAGGUAACUAGUCCAAACUAAGAAAAAAAAUCUGAUAUCCUGAUAUCUAGUAUUAUCUUGAAUGGAAGAUCAGGACCCUCCAGUAGCAGGGCAGCCAAUCACCCAGCCUCUUCUAAGGCAGUGGGAGGGCCAGCUGGUCAAUAGAGUCCUUCAAGAGAAGGAGGCCCUGUCCCCUUUAUAUGUUGGGCCCCUCUUAGCAGUUAAGGAGAAAGGUAGGGGGGAAAAAUACCAGAGGGAUAUGCAAUAAAUCCAAACUGGUGGUUUUCAACCAUUUUCAAAACAAAUCUUAUAUAGAACCCUGAUAUAA